AAACCUCCCGCCCACUCGUACACACUCUUCUAUCCACUUUCUUCAGUUCCUCACAAAUCUCACCAUUUUCAAAUUUUCAGUAAAUCCCUCUUGAACUUCACACAUUAAUUAUCCAAAUCACCUUUCUUCACUAAAUCUCUCAAUCUAUCAGAGACAAUAAACUGUACUGAUACUUUCUAUUUCAGAUUCAAAAAAAAGAAGAAACCCUAGCUGUAAUUUUUCCGAGCAAGUGAAAUUAUGAAUCAGUACCAUAUAUACGAAGCUAUAGGCCGUGGAAAGCACUCGACUGUUUAUAAAGGAAGAAAAAAGAAGACUAUCGAGUAUUUUGCAGUUAAGAGCGUGGAUAAAUCUCAGAAGAACAAAGUUCUUCAUGAAGUCAGAAUUCUUCAUUCUCUAGAUCAUGCAAAUGUGUUGAAGUUCUACUCCUGGUAUGAAACGUCUGCGCACCUGUGGUUGGUUUUAGAAUAUUGUGUUGGAGGAAAUCUCAUGAACUUGCUAGAGCAGGAUGGUAAGCUUCCGGAAGAUUCACUACAUGAUCUUGCUUGUGGCCUUGUUAGAGCUCUUCUAUACUUACAUUCAAAGGGAAUAAUUUACUGUGACUUAAAACCAUCAAACAUUCUAUUGGAUGAAAAUGGAAUCACGAAGCUGUGUGAUUUUGGAUUAGCAAGAAAAUUGAGUGAUAUAUCAAAGACACCUUCUUCCCAGUUGCCACAAAUAAAGCGAGGAACCCCCUGUUACAUGGCUCCAGAGCUCUUUCAGGAUGGAGGGGUCCAUUCCUAUGCCUCUGAUUUCUGGGCUCUUGGUUGUGUGUUGUUUGAAUGCUAUGCUGGGAUACCUCCUUUUGUUGGCAAAGAGUUUACCCAGUUAGUGAGAUCAAUCAUUUCUGAUCCAACUCCAGAACUUCCUGGCACACCAAGCCGCCCCUUUAUCAAUCUGAUUAACUCUCUUCUAAUAAAAGAUCCUGCUGAAAGAAUGCAGUGGCCCGAGCUAACUGGACAUGCUAUCUGGAAAACAAGAUUUUCUGCAGUGCCUUUACCUCCUCAGCCUGCUUUUGAUAAUAUGAUAGAAGUUUCUUCUAGAUUAUGCCUUUCAGAACGGAACAGUGACAAACCAAUUCAAAACAAGACACCACAAAAGACUCGUGAAAAAGAUUCAAAGGCAUCCCUCAGGCAGGAUGAAAAUUCAAAUACUGGAUCUAGAGGUCACGUGACACCAAUCAAGGGCAUAUCCAGUGGCCGGAAAGCUCAAAUGAAGGGUUCUGGCAGGACAGUUGAUGACAAGCAGAAAGACAUCUCAAGCAAUACUAAGGGUGUCAAUCUAUUACGUCUUUCAAGAAUUGCAAAAUCAAACUUAAUGAGGGAAAAUGAGAAGGAGAACUACCGCAGGCCAUUGCCUAAUAACUCUGAGAAUGAUGCUGAACUUAAGGUUGAAAAUACUGACAUGGAACUUGAUUUUAAUGAGAAUAAUGAGGAUGAUACACAAGAUGAAGCUGAUGAAACUGACAGCACUCAAUGUCCCGAGUCAACUACUUCAACUCCAAAUCAGGCCGAGGGUCAUGUGGAAGAGAUGGAUAUUGACAGCAGACAUCCAGAUCCAUCAGCUAUGGUUAAUACACCUUUCUCAGAUGAUUCAAGGACAUCUGACCAUGAACCGACUUCUGAAUACGAAGUGGCUGCUAUGCUACCAAGUGAUAGCCCUCAGCUAAAGACUCCUGCGAUUAAAGGAAAUCCCGGGAAUGUCUCUGAUAUCUCAAAACCAUCUAAGAACCUUUCAGAUAUUCUCUGGCAUCCUUCUGAUCUUUCAGUUAGACCCGUAAUGCCUAGCAAAAAAUCUGAUAAAGGUUCAGAUGCAAUUCCUUCACUUUCAUUCGAUGCACCUCAGGUAUCUGAUUUUGUCAAAAUGUCAAAGGAGCAAUUAGACACUUUUAGUAGUAGGAUCAUCAGUAUUGUUAGUGGGAAUACUGCCUCUGGGGAGAAGCAGAAUGUGAUCAGGUACCUUGAGCUUUUGACCAGCAAUGCUGAGGCAGCCAACAUCUUGACCAAUGGACCUAUUAUGUUGGUUCUAGUCAAA